AUGGGACUAAAAGGCUCCUUCUUCUUCGACUGGCAUUUCCGCUGCCGAUGGUUGGCUCUGAAUGUUACUGAUCUUUCUCUCAAACCAGUGCCAGAUGGAACAACUUCUUUAGUGGAAGGGUGUGUGUUCAUGUUUGGCUUAAUGAUGCUGUUGUGGUUGCAGGACACGCGGUCGCACGUGGUGGCGGAGCUGUUCGAGACGGAGCGUUCAUAUGUGGAGUCACUUCAGAUUCUAGUCACGCCACUAAUUACAAAAUUAGUUGUCAGUGCAGUGUGCAGUUUGAAAGAAGAAGAAGAAGAAGAAGAAGAAGAAGAAGAAGAAGAAGAAGAAGAAGAAGAAAGAAGAACGGGGGAAAAUGGAUAA